AAGCAGCACAAGAGGCAGUUCUGGGAGCUGAUCUGUAGAAUCAAUAGUUGAGUGCAUCAGAGGAUCACCAUUGUAAAAGUGUGAGUUGUUUACCUGGACUUAUAGGAGUGCUUUCACCACAUAUACAGAGGCACCAUGUCAGGGGCCUCAGUGAAGGUGGCGGUGAGAGUCCGUCCCUUCAACUCUCGAGAGAUCAGUAAAGAGUCGAAGUGCAUCAUCCAGAUGUCUGGAAACACAACCACUAUCAUCAACCCCAAAGCACCUAAAGAGAACAAGAGCUUCAAUUUCGAUUACUCCUACUGGUCACAUACCUCGCCAGAGGAUAUCAACUAUGCCUCCCAGCAGCAGGUGUACAGAGACAUUGGAGAGGAGAUGCUACUCCAUGCCUUUGAGGGCUAUAAUGUCUGUAUUUUUGCAUAUGGCCAGACAGGGGCUGGAAAAUCGUAUACUAUGAUGGGAAAACAGGAGAAGGACCAGGAAGGAAUCAUCCCACUGCUGUGUGAAGACCUUUUCACCAAGAUUAAUGAAACCAAUACUGAUAACAAUAUGUCCUAUUCUGUUGAGGUUAGUUAUAUGGAGAUUUACUGUGAGCGGGUACGAGAUCUUUUGAACCCCAAAAACAAAGGAAAUUUGCGUGUGCGUGAGCACCCCUUACUGGGCCCGUAUGUAGAGGACCUGUCCAAACUCGCUGUCACAUCGUAUAAUGACAUCCAAGACCUGAUGGACUCAGGGAAUAAGGCCAGGACAGUAGCUGCCACUAACAUGAAUGAGACAAGCAGCCGUUCCCACGCUGUCUUCAACAUCAUCUUCACCCAGAAGCGGCAUGAUGCAGAGACAGACAACACAUCAGAAAAGGUCAGCAAAAUCAGUCUGGUGGAUUUAGCUGGCAGUGAGAGAGCAGACUCCACUGGAGCCAAAGGAACACGACUCAAGGAAGGGGCAAACAUCAAUAAAUCCCUCACUACCCUGGGUAAAGUAAUUUCAGCUCUGGCUGAGGUGGAUUCUGGAUCAAACAAGAACAAAAAGAAGAAGAAAGUGGAAAAUUUUAUUCCUUACAGAGAUUCUGUUUUGACCUGGCUCCUGAGAGAGAAUCUUGGUGGCAACUCUCGCACUGCAAUGGUGGCCGCACUCAGUCCAGCCGACAUCAAUUAUGAUGAAACCCUCAGCACUCUUAGGUAUGCGGACAGGGCCAAGCAGAUCCGUUGUAAUGCUGUGAUCAAUGAAGAUCCUAAUAACCGUUUGGUGCGUGAGCUGAAAGAUGAGGUGUCCCGUCUAAAGGACCUCCUCUACGCCCAGGGCCUCGGUGACAUCAUCGAGAACUUAUCCGAUUACAAGAACAAUAACAAUAGUGGCCAAGCUGUCAAUCAAAGAGGUGAUCUCUCCACAGUGACAAAUGCUAUCACCGGGAUGAGCCCCUCUCCCUCUCUCUCCGCCCUGUCCAGCCGGGCUGGCUCCAUCAGCAGCCUGCACGAUCGCAUCAUGUUCAGCCCUGGAAGUGAGGAAGCUAUUGAGAGACUCAAGGAAACAGAGAAAAUCAUUGCUGAGCUCAAUGAAACAUGGGAAGAGAAGCUUCGCCGAACAGAGGCCAUCAGAAUGGACAGAGAAGCACUGCUAGCAGAGAUGGGUGUGGCAAUGCGUGAGGAUGGAGGAACUGUUGGUGUCUUUUCACCAAAGAAGACACCCCACUUGGUGAAUCUAAACGAAGAUCCUUUGAUGUCUGAAUGUCUCCUAUAUUACAUCAAAGAUGGAAUUACCAGGGUCGGGAGAGAGGACGCCAGCACAAGGCAGGACAUUGUUUUGAGUGGUCAUUUCAUUAAGGAGGAACAUUGCACUUUCACCAGCAGCACUGGACCCAUGGGAGAAGCUGUCAUUCUGGAGCCAUGUGAGGGAGCAGAAACGUACGUCAAUGGGAAGCGAGUGACAGAGCCCACUGUUCUCAGAUCAGGGAAUCGAAUAAUUCUGGGCAAGAGCCACGUGUUCCGCUUUAACCAUCCAGAGCAGGCCCGUCAGAAACGUGAGAGGACCCCGUGUAGCGAGACUCCGAUGGAGCCUGUAGACUGGGCGUUUGCUCAAAGAGAACUGCUUGAGAAACAGGGCAUUGAUAUGAAACAAGAAAUGGAUCAGAGACUGCAGGAACUUGAAGAUCAGUAUCGCAAGGAAAGAGAAGAGGCCAACAAUCUGCUGGAGCAACAGAGAUUAGACUAUGAGAGCAAACUAGAAGCCCUCCAGAAGCAGGUUGAUCGAUGUUACCCUGACCUAGCAGAAGAAAAUGAUGAACCUGAGGAGGAGGUGCAAUGGACCGAGAGAGAGAGAGAACAAGCACUGUGGGCAUUCCGUAAAUGGAGAUGUUACCAGUUCACAUCCCUCAGAGACCUGCUCUGGGGCAAUGCCAUCUUUCUCAAGGAGGCCAAUGCCAUUAGUGUGGAGCUUAAGAAGAAGGUUCAGUUCCAGUUUGCAUUAUUGACAGACACGCUGUACUCUCCUCUUCCACCUGACCUGUUACUACCUGAGGCUACCAAAGACCGGGAGAAGAGCCCAUUCCCUCGCACCAUUGUGGCUGUAGAAGUCCAAGAUCAGAAGAAUGGAGCCACGCAUUACUGGACACUGGAGAAGCUCAGGCAGAGGCUGGACCUGAUGAGGGAGAUGUAUGAUCGUGCUGCUGAGGUGCCCAGCAAUGCUCUGGAUGACUGUGACAGUGUCUUGACAGGAGGAGAUCCCUUCUACGACCGGUUCCCUUGGUUCCGUCUGGUUGGAAGGGCAUUUGUGUAUUUAAGUAAUCUGCUCUAUCCUGUGCCCCUUGUGCAUCGGAUCGCCAUUGUCAGUGAGAAGGGCGAGGUCAAAGGUUUCCUCAGAGUCGCUGUACAGGCCAUAUCAGCUGAUGAGGAGGCACCAGACUACGGCUCUGGUGUCAGACAGUCAGGGACCGCCAAGAUUUCAUUUGAAGACCAGCAGUUUGAGAAGUUUCAAUCAGAGUCCUGCCCUACUGGUCUGUCCCGUGAUGGGGUUUCUCAGGAGGAACUGCGGAUUGUGGAAGGGGAGGGUCAGAAUGUAGAGAUGAGUCUGUCAGCAGAUGAGGUCAACAAUAAUACCUGUGCAGCUAACCCAGAGGAGCUGGACAGCCCUGUCAAAACAGGUCUUGAUGGCAUACUCGACGGAGCUCUAGAUCACUUGAGGAUUGGAGAUGUCUUCACAUUCAGAGUUACUGUGCUGCAGGCGUCAAGCAUAUCUGCAGAGUAUGCAGACAUAUUCUGCCAGUUCAAUUUUAUUCACAGGCACGAUGAAGCGUUUUCCACAGAACCAUUGAAGAACACUGGACGUGGUCCACCACUUGGCUUCUAUCAUGUGCAGAAUAUUGCCGUGGAGGUGACCAAGUCUUUUAUAGAGUACAUAAAGACUCAGCCAAUCGUGUUUGAAGUCUUUGGACAUUACCAGAAGCAGCCUUUCCCUCUGCUCUGCAAGGAUCUCAUUAGCCCGUUCCGUCCAUGUAGGCGGCAGUUCCCGAGAGUCAUGCCCCUUUCCAAACCAGUACCUGCUACCAAACUGACAGCUCUCACACGACCCACAGCAGGACCGUGCCACUGUAAAUAUGACCUGAUGGUCUUCUUUGAAAUCUGUGAGCUUGAGGCCAAUGGAGACUAUAUCCCAGCUGUAGUGGAUCACAGAGUGGGCAUGCCCUGCCAUGGUACAUUCAUGUUACAUCAGGGCAUCCAAAGGAGAGUGACAAUCACGAUUGUACAUGAGACAGGAAGAGAUAUUAAGUGGAAGGAAGUGCGAGAGCUGGUUGUUGGACGCAUCCGGAAUACACCCGAAGCAGAUGAGACAAUCAUAGACCCCAACAUCCUCUCUCUCAACAUACUGUCUGCAGGAUACAUCCAACCAGCACAAGAUGACAGACAGUUUCUUGAUUCCGACAUGCCUAGGACAUUCUACCGUUUUGAGGCUGCUUGGGAUUCAUCCAUGCACAACUCUUUGCUGCUAAAUCGUGUCACUCCUUAUGGAGAGAAAAUCUACAUGACUCUGUCUGCUUACCUGGAGAUGGAGAACUGCACACAGCCUACAGUGAUAACCAAAGACUUAUGCAUGGUGUUCUAUUCACGAGAUGCCAAGCUUGCAGCAUCUCGCUCCAUCAGGAACCUCUUCAGCAGUGGCAGUUUGAGGCCAUCUGAAGGGAACCGUGUAACUGGCGUGUAUGAGGUCAGUCUGUGCCACCUGGCUGAUGCAGGGAGCCCAGGAAUGCAAAGAAGGCGCAGGAGGGUGCUGGACACAUCGGUGGCAUAUGUGAGAGGGGAGGAGAACCUGGCUGGCUGGAGGCCCCGUAGUGACAGCCUCAUCCUGGACCAUCAGUGGGAGCUGGAGAAACUGAGCCUCCUGCAGGAGGUGGAGAAAACCAGGCAUUACCUCCUCCUUAGGGAGAAGCUGGAGUCCACCCUGCUGCUGAGCCAGGAGUCGCUGCUGUCCUGCGUGAGUGAGGAUCUAACCGAGUCCUCUUCCCCCUCCACCCAUCUGGGCCUUGGCCACAGCCCUAUCACCGGCCCUGACACACCCAAUGAGAGGCAGAGGAAGCUGGCUGCCAAGUGCCUGCGUUUGCUUAACCACACCUUUAACAGGGACUACAGCCACGUGUGUGUUAGCGCUAGUGAGAGCAAGUUAAGUGAGAUGUCAGUGACUCUUCUGAAAGACUCUGCCUCAGUCUGUGCUCAAAGCACUCUACCACCCUCUUCCACAUGCCCUUCACUUGUCGAGGGACGCUAUGGCAACAACACUGAACUCAGACCCCCAACACCACGUUCCCGAGCUGUCAGCCCGAACCCUGACACUGAAACAGAGGGCAAGAAGUCCCCACCAGAGUCCAGACCAAGGACCUGUACUUUUGUGCCAGACAUUCAGGAAAUCCGCAUCAGCCCUAUUGUGUCAAAGAAAGGGUAUUUGCACUUCCUGGAGCCCCACAGUAAUGGUUGGGUGAAGAGAUAUGUGGUGGUACGCCGGCCUUAUGUCUACAUCUACAACACAGAUAGAGACACAGUGGAAAGGGCCAUUCUUAACCUGUCCUCGGCACAAGUGGAAUACAGUGAAGACCAGCAGGCCAUGCUAAAGACCCCCUACACGUUUGCGGUAUGCACAGAGCAUCGUGGGAUCCUCCUUCAAGCCAGUAAUGAUAAGGAGAUGCAUGACUGGCUGUAUGCCUUCAAUCCACUGCUUGCUGGAUCUAUCAGGUCUAAACUGUCCAGAAGAAGAGCCGGGCAGAUGAGGUUUUGAGAACAUCACAUGUAUACAGACUGUAAAUCUCUUCAAGGACAAAAAAAAAAACAAUAUAAAAGACUAACCUUGUAAAUAGAUCUGCUGAAAAAGCCUCCAGUUUUGUGCUCAAUUAAGUCUCUAUCCCCUCUCCCUCUGUUAUGUGUGUACCUGCACCUGCCCACACUAGCACCUGUAUAUGUAAGCCCCCAUUGUUCAUCUACAGACUCAACUUCUAGCGCCAAUGGAAUGGGCUAACCACUUUAUUGGAUUAGAAAUAGUAUAUGCUUAUGUAGUCUUCAGCAACAGCUUAGAAAUAAACAGGGUUGGCAAUGGAAAUUCCUAAUUCUGAAGCUGUAAACUCAUGCAAACAGAUCAAACUUUUUUUAUUGUGAAGAGUGAUAUCCAUAUCCACAAGGCUGUGCCUCAUCUCGAGUUCAGUGAGAAAAUUAAGACUAGUAAAUUAUUGCAGUCACAUGGCCUUAUUGUGUUACUCCUGACUUGUGUAAAUCUCUGGGUUUAAAACGAUAAAACUGAUCAGUAUUUAAGUCACCCGACCAUAUGUUUAUGCAUCUCUUGGCUAUGGCUGAUAGAAUUGAUCAAUGAUAAGCAAUUCUUAGCAAGGAACAGAUGAAUCACAUCAUAUUAUGCUCUUUCUCUCUUUAAGUGCAGUUCUUGGGUAGAGUUGAACCCAACAUAAAUACUCAUAUACCUUUAUAAUCUUUCCCUUGUAAAGCCUUGAAAUGCUUAAAGAUUUCAAAAUAAUCAGGACGCAUGAGGAAAAAUUUGGCAACAGAAUGUGGUUGCAUUCUCAUAUCUCUGUAUGAGAACCAUUAUAAAGAUUCAGCCUAUUUUUGUUGGAUAACCGGUCGUUAGAUUUAUCUAAAAUGUAUCAUAAUCUGCCUAAUAAUCUAAUAUAUUUUAUAUAGCAAAAUUAUCAGUAUCCCCAAAUGAUCUUAUAUCUGCCUAAUUUAUUUGUAUUUUAUUUCAGCAUGUAUUUAUUGACAAAGACUAUAAUAUUUUUGAAGAAGUACAGUGCAAUUUCUGCAUAUGGCACUUUUUUAUUUUGAGUUGACUAGCCUCCCUUUUACUGACCACACUGCUCUCAUUCCCCCUAACACAAUUAAAUGCAUUUGGGGAAUAGGACAGAAAUGAAUGCUGGGAUAGAUGCUUUUACAUGUAGAUUACUUGAAUUUUACUUUUAGAAAAAAAAAACACCAUACUUAUCAACCCAAAUCCUAAAUGAGUGUAUGUGUGUACAGUGGUAAAUCUUAUAAAGAAAAUGAAAGGUUUUGAAGAUAGUUCGAACAAAUUGAAAUUUUUACAGGAAUUUUAUACAAGCUCCCCAGUGAGAGAGAUGAACUGAUUUUGUGCCUCUAUAGCAUCAUCUACUACACUCUGUUUUUGUUUUAUAAUCUUCAUCUUCUUAAACACUUUACACAUUUUAACAGGGUGAACUUCCACUUUCAGCUCCACCCAUUUGUAUCAUUCUUUCUCUUUGUGUGUAAAAACAAAUGUGCACAGGCAAAAACAGUUUUCAGUUUGUUUGCAUAGUAAGUAAUGAUGCCCUGCACUUCAUGCGAGUAGAUUUAACUGCAUUUUCUAAACAUCAAGAUCUGGUAUAAAAUAUAUUUUAUCUUCUCUUUCUAUUGAACAAAUCUAUCUGGUUACUCAACCAGAAACAUUUUAAGUUUCUCACUUGUAACAUCAUCAGAUCAUCUCUGUAUUCCAGAAAUAAGCCCUGCUGACCAUCUAAAAAUGUUCAGCUCUAAUUUGUUGUGAUUGUAAUCAUAUGAUAUAUUGCUCCAUAUGAUUAUAUGGACUAAGGCGAAACAUUUUAUAUUCUUUUUAUUAUUAUAUUUCUAAUGAUGCCUCUGGUCUUCUUCUUGUGAUGUGUAUAAUAUCAAUAGGCUUAGGUUGCGCAAACCCAUAAAAUGCUGUCUAAGUUGUAUUAUGCCCAAACAAAAUGUGCAUGAAAAUCUGGAAUAAUAUCAUCACUUUGGAAUUGUUGAGACUGCUGACUUAAGUUCCACUUUAGUCGAACUGUAUUUCGAAUAUGGACAUGGAAAUGUCGAAUAUGACAUUACUAAUUAGCUAAUAUAAUACCAUAACUUCUCUUUUUUACAUAACCAUUGUUGUAUACAGAACCACUGGGAACACUUUACAGUAAGGUUCCAUUUGUUAACAUUAGUUAACAACAUCAGUUAACAUGAACAAACAAUGAACAAUACUUUUACAGCAUUGUUUAAUCUUAGUUAAUGUUAAUGUCAACAUAUAUUAAUACAUUUUUUAAAUCAAAAUUUGCAUUCAUUAACAUUAUUUAAUGCACUAUGACAAUGAACAAUUGUGUUUUUAUUAACCAACAUUAAUAAAGAUUAACAAAUGCUGUGAAAAAGAUAUUGUUAAUUGUUUGUUCCUGAUACCUAAUGCAAAAACUAAUGUAAAUUAAUUAAACUUUAUUUUAAAGUGUUACCAAAGCAUUUGCAAGCAAGUGGGCCUGAUCUUAAGUAAAGCAGUCAUUGUAGCAGAGCAUAAAGAUCCACAAUUGUUGCUUAAAGCCAAACUGCUUAUAAAGUGGUGUGAUUGAACGAUCCUGCACUCUGUCAUGCAAGCCCUUUCUUCAUAUUGUUCAGAGUGCAGACCAACUGUUUGCAAAUGGCCUGAGGUGUCUUGCAGAUACCUGCAGAUUGUAGAUCAAAAAACUGCACGAGUCAGGCUCAUGAGCAUGACUGAGCCCAACCAACCUACAGUGCAUGAAAUGUGAAAGCCUUGAUCUGUCUGUGUGAUCAUACUGUACACAUCUAAAUUCAUGUAGAUUUGUAUAGGAUUUGCAACCUUUUUCUUGUGUUUGUUUUAUUUGACCAGCUCAUUCUGUGGGGGAAAAAAAGAAAAAAGCAAUUGGUAGGCUAUACACAAGUUGUUACACAAACCUAAAAGGAUCUUUAAUUUCUGAAGGAUUCUUAAUCCUUAAUGACUUUGCUUUUCUGUAUUAUUUAUGUGUGAACAGUACAAUCAGGUUCUAUUCUCUGUUACGACCAGUUCAGAGUACAUACUGUAUAGUGUAUGGUCACUCACUACUUAAAAAAAAUAAAUAAAAAAAAUUAAAAAAAUAGUGCAUAUGCAAAUAUAAUAGCAGAUGCAUUUUUGAAAUGGAUGAAAUUAUAAAAAAAAAGUUCAAAAAACACUUUCAGUUUGAGGUACGUACAUGUAAAUGAGAGUUGUCUUUUUGGCUGUGCACCUUGUAGAAAUUAACACAGAGAGUCGAAUGAUAUACUUCAUGUUAUAGCCUGUCCUGUACCAUUUCUAAAAGCAAUUUACAAAAAAAAAAAAAAAAAAUAUAAUAA